AUGUUUGGCCAUUUGUUGCUUAUUGGCUUUACAGCCAUCAUCUGCUAUAUCAUCGGCAAUGUUGUCUACAACCUCUAUUUCAGCCCAUUGGCGAAGUUUCCGGGUCCGUUCUGGGCAAAGGUCUCUGCACUGCCAAACUUUUAUCAUGCUAUGACUGGCUACCGCCAUAUCUGGCUUUGGCAGUGCCAUCAAGUCUACGGCAACGUAUUUCGAUUCCAUCCGAACGGUGUCCUCUCUACCUCCCCGAAUGCUUAUCCUAUCAUAUAUGGUGCUAAGGCGAACGUGAAGAAAGGAAAGUUCUACGAGGUCUGGCCCAGGAACGUCCAAAAUCUAAAUACAUUGAGCACCGUGGACAAAGAAGUACACGCACGAAAAAGGAGGAUUCUGAAUGGCGUGUUCUCGGAAAAAGCAGUCCGUGCUGCCGAGAGUUUCAUUAUCAGACAUGUUGAUCGAUGGUGUGAGUUGCUCGUUGACAAUACCAGUAGUGGUUGGUCAGAGCCGCAGAACAUGACUACUCUAGCAGAAUCUCUCACUUUUGAUAUCAUGGGAGAUCUGAGUUUUGGGAAGUCUUUUGAGAUCAAAGAGAAAAAGGAGAACCCCUUCAAGAUCAUACCACAUACAAUUUCUGGGUAUAUGCAAUUCAUAUAUCCUAUUACCCAAUCUCCGAUGCUGAAUUUAUGGGUUUGGCUAAAGCCAAGGGGUCUGGACAAUAUCUUCCAACACCUUACGCCCAAGGAGGUGAGAGAUUAUUAUGACUUCGUUGAUGCUAAUGUGUUGGAACGCACCAAGGAAGAGGAAGAGGCACAACUGAAAGCACUCGACGAAGAAAACGUACGCAAAGACAUGUUUCACUAUCUAUUCACUGCAAAGAACCCAGAGACCGGUGAAGCAGCUCUGUCCCCAGAAGAACUCAAUGGAGAAGCGAAUCUGCUCAUCAUUGCCGGCGCAGAUACUACGUCUACUGCUCUGUGUUCGUUUUUCUUUUACAUCAGUCGAAGCUCUCUCGCUUAUAACAAGGUUGUACGUGAAAUGCGAGAAACAUUUGAUUCAGUCGAUGAAAUCACUGGAGGCACAAAAUUGUCGUCUUGCCAGUAUCUUCGUGCUUGUCUCGAUGAGGCCAUGCGCAUGACUCCUGCUGGGCCAAGUGAAAUGAUUCGGGAGGUGCUGCCAGGGGGUAUUGAGGUCGAUGGAAAAUUUAUUCCGGGGGGCGUUAUGAUUGGCAUUGCGCACUGGGCGAUCUUGCAUAGCGAAGAGGUCUACGGAGAUCCUUCUGUCUAUCGACCGGAACGCUGGAUUGUUGAUGAAGCUACAGGUGUGACGGCUGAAGAUGUUGCUCUGGCACAGUCAGCUUUCCAGCCCUUCUCAAUGGGUUUUGGUAAUUGCGUGGGUCAGAAAUUAGCAAUCUUGGAGCUCUUGAUCACUAUUGGGAGAACACUGUAUCGUAUGGAUGUACGACCGGCACCAGGAAGUAUCCUUGGGCAAGGCGCUCUCGAGCUUGAAUGGGGCAUGAGGUCCAAAGAUCACUUUAAAGUGAAAGAUGCAUACAUCACUAUCAAGGAUGGACCACUGGUACAGUUCAAGAAGAGGGGAUCAUGA